GAGAGUAAAACGUCGAUACUGUUGCACCUUGGUACAACUGAGGAUGAUGGGUUCAGUACUUUAUUUGGCACCUGAUACAAUUCCCGAACUCAAAGACCGGAUUCCACUCUCUUGAUAUAAAACCGCUCUCGCCAAUCUGGGUAUAUCUAGAACAGCCACCAAUGCAGCAACGGUCCACAGUCUCUGACUACCUCUAGAACCUGCUGGCAGAAAUCAAACUCGGUUCAUGAAGCCAUAGAAACCCUCCGAAGAUGGACACCAUCCUCCAAACGCAAUUCGACCGCGUCGAAACCGCCCUCAACGCUCUCAUCGACUCCAUCACCACCUACAACCCCCAACCCUCCACCGCCACCGACCUCCUCGCCGCCGACUCCGACCUCAGCUCCGGCCUCGCCCUCCUCGAACGCCACCAGCACAACCACACCUACAUCCUCACCCUCCGCUCCCAGAUCACCCACCUCGAGGAGCACAUCCAAUCCACCCUCCGCCGCGUCGCCGACACGCGCAAGGAGCUGCUAGCCGCGAAGCCGACGCCGUCCACCCCGUCGGACGAAGAUGCGGCGAAACCCCGUCCCGUCACCGUCGAUGAGCUGCUGUUCUAUGCGAGGAAUAUCAGCCGCUUUACCGUCCCCCCGACGCAAGCACUGAGUGAGCCACCGCCGCCCGCACCUGUGACGGAAACAUUGCCGCACGGCGAACAGGGGCAGGAGAUGGGGGCGGGAAUGUCGGCGUUAGGUGCGGACGGACGGCGGACGGAGGACAAGGGCGAGGUGGAGGCGACGAGGCGGGGGAUGGGCGUCGGGUGGAAGAGCUUGACGGAGGACCAGCGCGUGUGGCUGGAUCAGAUGUCGCGGGCGCCGUUUAUGCCGUGGCCGAAUGAGGAGAGUAUCAAGAACGGGACGCUGGCGGCGAUCAGGGGGGUGAAACCGGUGUGGAUGGAAGAGGGGAAGGUGGAGACGGAGGUUUUAGAUAGUGGCGUGGAGGAGAAUCGGGAGGAGACGGCGGUUCCGGCAAAGGCUGCAGACGUUGGGACUGGGGGGGUUAGUAGGCCGAGAGAGACGGUGCCGCAGCAAGAGCCGUCGUUAGGGUUCGAUCUAUAUGAUCCGGAUGAAUGAAUGGCAUCGAUUUAACAGUAUACAAUCAAGCCAGAUACCCAACCCAUAGCUGAACAAGUCUUCACUAAGGCUCAAGCGAAUGAUGUUAUAUUAUAAUAAUAGCCUGGCAAUACAGACUCAGCUAUGGAUGACAAAACUUAUUCGUCUUCGGGGUUAGUGGCUGCUAUCGCCUAUCCCUCCUCCCCACUCUCUGCUCCCUCAAAUUCAUCCAGGCC